AAAAAACCUGAAAAGAAAAAUAGAAAACACGCAGUGAUACCAAAUGACGGAGAGCCUGAUUAGGGUACUGUUCUUCUUCAUCAUCUGAGAACUCUCUUUCUAGGAUUAGGGUUUUAACUCGCCUAUUUUCUCUGUGAGCACCAGGAAUUGUGUGAUAUUUUGUAACUUUGUAAAAUGGUUGAAACUGGAAAACGGUAUCAUUCACAGAGAGACCAUGAUGGUGACCGAAAAAAUCAAAAGAGACGCGGGAAUGAAAACAAUGACAAGGGCAAAGGCGAAUUAGUUGUUUAUAGGAUACUAUGUCCCGAUGAAGUUAUCGGGAGCGUUAUUGGAAAGAAUGGGAAUGUGAUAAAUUCAAUAAGGCAGGAGACUCGGGCGAAAGUAAAGGUUGUGGAUCCGUUUCCUGGUGCUAAGGAUCGGGUUAUAACAAUCUUCUGCUAUCUUAAGGAGAAGGAGGAGAUUGAGGUUGAUGAUGAAUUUGAUGAUAGGAAGCCUUUAUGUGCUGCCCAAGAUGCUCUUCUUAAGGUUCAUGUAGCCAUAUUGAAUUCCAUUAAAGCUCUUAAAGAUUCUGAGAAAAAUAAUAGGAAACGGAACGAUAAAGAUGAAUGUCAGAUUCUUGUUCCCUCAAGCCAGUCUGCGAAUAUUAUUGGGAAGAGCGGGGCUACUAUUAAAAAGCUGAGAAGUAAGACAAGAGCAAAUGUCCAGGUUACUGCCAAAGAUGCAACUGAACCAACACACUCGUGUGCUAUGGAGUUUGAUAAUUUUGUAUCGAUCACUGGUGAAUCAGAAGCAGUUAAAAGAGCACUAUUUGCAAUUUCUUCUAUUAUGUACAAGUUUGGUCCCAAGGAGAAUAUCUCUCUCGACACAAAUGUACCCAAAGCCUCGCCCAGUAUUAUCAUUCCCUCCGAAGUUCCAAUUUUUCCGCAUGGUGGACUGUACCCAGCUUCAGAUCCUAUAAUCUCGUCUGCACAUGUUCCCCAAUUUUUAGGCGCAACAAAUGUACAUGAUCUGCAAGGAUAUGCUGAUGCAGGAAAUACAUGGCCUCUGUACUCAUCUGCCCUUCCAGUAACGUCUGGUGUUGACGCUUCUCUGUCUGAGGAUUUAACUAUCAGAAUGUUAUGCCCCACUGACAGGAUUGGCCGUGUCAUUGGAAAGGGAGGGAGCACCAUUAAAAGUAUGAGGCAGGAAAGUGGUGCUCGGAUUGAUGUUGAUGAUACCAAGGCUAACCACGAAGAGUGUUUGAUCAUUAUAACUGCAACAGAGUCGCCUAGUGAUCUGAAAUCCAUGGCAGUUGAAGCUGCUCUGCUGAUACAAGGGAAGAUAAGCGACGAAGAUGAAACGUCAGUGUCAAUUCGGCUUCUAGUUCCAUGCAAAGUGAUAGGUUGUAUUAUCGGUAAAAGUGGUUCUAUCAUAAAUGAAAUUCGGAAGAGAACUGGGGCAGAUAUUCGAAUAUCUAGAAGUGAUAAGCCAAAACGUGCAGAUGUCAAUGAUGAACUUGUUGAGGUGGGCGGUGCUGUUGAUUGUGUAAGAGAUGCACUAAUCCAGAUUAUCUUAAGACUCAGAGAUGAUGUAUUGAGAGAAAAGGACAUUGGGCAUAAUUCUUCUACAGGCGGCGAAUCCUUCUACUCAAGUGGUGCUGGUCUUUCAUUCCCAUCUAUGCUGCCUUCUAUUCCUUCUGUUGCUGCUCCACUGGUUUAUGAUCAGAGGGCUGAAGGUGCAACUGGCCUAGGCAUGUUUUCUUCAAGCAGCAUGUAUGGAUACGGAUCUUUGCCGAUGGCGGAAAAUGGCUAUGGAUCUAUAUCUUCAUAUGCUUCUAAUCCUUACGGAGGAUUGCCUCCCCCAUCAACUCGGGAUAUGCUGAUUCCUGCCAGUGCUGUUGGUAAAGUGUUGGGUAAAGGAGGGGCUAAUUUAGCCAAUAUCAGGAAGAUUUCAGGAGCAACGGUAGAGAUUUCUGACACCAAAUAUGGCCGUGGUGAUCGUAUUGCCCUAAUAUCUGGCACACUUGAAGAGAAACGUGCAGCUGAAAACUUAAUUCAGGCAUUUAUUAUGUCCACCUGAAUUGUUGAAGUUCUUUCUGGUUUAGAAGGUGAAAAGUUUAAUUAUUGAAGCAUGUCCUUGUUCAUCUCCUUAGCUCCGUUAAGCUAUUCUGUUGGUCUUGGAGACAAUAUUCUCUAGGGUUCUUCAACUGGAUCAUGUUUCUUCCAUCUCAGUGGCUAACAUGAUUGUGCUUGAUAAUCCAUUUCUGGUUUUGUAUGUAGGAAUAAUAAUUCCGUUCCUUUUUUAUUUUCUUAAUCUACUCUCAUCUGUGUUUUAUCUUAGAAAUCAUGGAUCUGUCUGUCCUUUCUUAAUGUUUGUCUUAUACUAACUACUGUGGAGUCAUCUCUAUCUCCAUAAAUUAUUCUGAGGAAAACCAGGACGCGGUUUUUAUUU